CCCCUGAAUUUCUUUCUUUUUUUCUUGGUAAUUACCCCUGAAUUUCAUAUAGUUAAUUUUUCCGUGAUUUUUGUAUGCCACUAAUUCCUAAUUUUUAAUCUGGUUCCUAUCCUUUCAUAAUUUCUAUUUUUGCUAUAUUAAUGUUAACCGCAUAACAACACUUUGUUGUUUAAAAUAUGUAUCUUCUUAUAAUUUCUAUUUUCCUGAACUUAAUUGCCAUCUCAACGCCACGUCCUCUCCCUGCUACUAAUUAUCAUCAUUUCCAUUUGAUCAUAAAUAAACAAGACAGCCGUAAAAUCAGAAACGAUUCCUUUCACUCAGUAGCACCAGAACAAAAUAGACGACGGAAGGAGUACGUCUCAGUCUCUUAGGAACAAGUUAAAUUGACGACUAUUUUGUCCCCUGUUGCGUACGUGUACAUAUUUAUCAUCGUUAUAUAUACAAUGUAAACGAUAGUGCAAACGCUCAUCAGCAGCACAACAACUAAUUAAUACUUAAAAUCAUAAUACCAUGAAACACUCCAACUCAUGUUCCUCCCACCGUUCGUGGUCGUGUUCUUCUUCAUCUUCUUCAGUGUUGGCAAUUUUAGUGGUCGGAUGCAUUAGCCAAAACAUGUUUGCCGCCGGAUUGAGCCUAUGCGGCCGCGGCGUUCCGCAAAAUCCCAAAACCUACUUCGCAUCCGUGGAGAAGGUUCUGGGAGAACUAGUGCAUUUGACGCCGGGGAAGGACAGGUUUAUCGACAAGGCGAAAAGCGGCAAGGUCAGUGGUGCCGCAGCUUGUUACACCGAGAAGCCAGCCACAUGUAAGAGCUGCCUCGAGCAUACCAAGGCCAGGCUGGAGCGUUGCAAAGGCUCUACUUCCGGCGGCAACUUCAACGAGGUUUGCAACAUGGAGUUCUGGCGAACUGGUGACAAUUAGUGACCGAAAAUUUGAAAGACUAAGCUUAGUGGGUGCUUCUAUAUGAUCACAAAAUAUAGUUUAAGUAGUUUGUGUGAAUGAGCUCCUGUGACGGAGCCAGUUGAUCUCAAUAAUUUGAGUUGUUUAAACUUUAGAGUGAUCUUGUAUGGAUUUGAAGUUGCAUACUUACAUGUACAGACAUGUCAUACCAUGUGCUCUAAAAUGGUAUCAUUUCCUUUCCACUCGUAACUUUUGUUCUAUAAAUGAAGCCUACACAAAGCCAUCUGAUGCUGAUAGAGCUGGUACUGAUAGUGCGUGGUGGCUUAAAAGGCUAUACACGUAAAUGCAGUUAGAAUACGAACAUUUUUUACAUUGCACGAGAAAUGCAGAAUCAUAUGUUAUUUGAGAAGUGUUACAAAUAUAUUAGUCUAAAAAUAUCUACCAUAUAUAUAAAUACACGAAAUCAUUUUAGUUGUUUAAAUAUUGUAGAUUUCAAAUGCAUAACUGUAACUAGUGAGACCCAAAAUGUUCAUUAUUUGUCUAGAAUCGUAAAGAACUAUGAACUAUACAAAUAUAAAAUAAAAUAAAAACAGGUGAUUAUUUUUCAAAACAAAUUAUAUAAAGAGCAAAGUAGGCGACCAACACUAAAGUGUUUUAAAAGAAUAUUAUAGACCUACAGUCAAUUCUGGAAGAAAAUAAAAGUUAUCUGUCGAAUACAUUUUAUUUACGAUU